AAGAGUACGAGUUAACCUUUGCAAGAUGGAGAUGGAAGAUCUACCUUCGUCAACAAUUUUCCUGUGGAAAAAAACUCUUUUCUGAAUAAUUCAAGUCCAAGAAGACAAAACAGGAAAAGGAAAUGUAGCAUUUCGGAGGGCAAAUGACAUAGACUAUUGCAACCGAUGCAAGUGACAUUCAGGAGGACAGGUGGAAACUUGAUGAAAAUGUCGACUGUUGGCGGUGAAAACCAUUUUCUGAACUUGCAAAUUUCACAGGAAACCAGUGACUGGAAUGACCAAGUGUUUUCAAAAUUGAGUGUUGAGAUGAUGCCAGGAGUUUCUACGCCCUAUGUUGUUUUUUCAUCAUUUCCAGAUUUCUUGGAGAACCAGAGGCACAGACGAAGUAAAAUCAUAGCAAUGAUGAAUGGUGACGAAUCCCUUGGAGAGCGGAAAGUUGUUGUUGAUUGCUAUAAAUAUGCAAUGGAACAUAUCAUAGAUAUUGACUAUGAAUAUAUUGACCAUAUUCCAGUGUACAGAGUAGAGAAAUUGUAUGAAAGCACAAAGACUUUAGAUAAAACUUCAAUGAAGAAUUGGAUAAGACAUUUUGCCAAUAAUGAUCUGCAUGUAAUGUCUGGUUCCAAACGCAUAAAAGAAAGGUGCAAAAGGGUGAAUCAGUGGGUGAAUGAUUUUUUGUGGCAGCUGCUAUACAUGAUGAAUAAAAAGCAGAGUACGGACCCAGAAGAAUUAUCAGAGGGAAUGUUCCAGGAGCUCUUUCUAAGAUUUGCCAAAUUAUUUGAAUUGAAAUUAGUAGGUACACCAAAUGUUGGACGUUACAGUUUUGAUAUCGGUGGGAAGGAGAUUUCUUCAGUCCCCGAUGCAGUUGUGAUUGAUCCUGGGAAACAGAACUCUGUUCUUGCAGCUGUUAAGGUUAGCAAAUGCUACAGCAAAUGGAAUGUUUUAGAAACACACACAAAACUGAGAAAGGUGUCGGAGUCACAUGACCCAGUGGAGCAUGUAGACUGUGAAUUGAAAGGUCAACACUUGGGAGGGAUGCUCUCUGUUUUAUGUGACUCGUUGUUCGGACCCACCGGAAUAUUUGGUUUUAUAGUUCAAGCAACGGAAGUAACUAUUGUCGCAUUUGCAACAAGUGAGAAUUACCUGGAGUGUAUCAAAACCGGAAAUUUUCCUGAAAGGGAUAGUGCUACAGUGAGAUACAGUGAAAAAUGCAAUAUUCUGACAAAGAAAGGCCGGUGUGAACUUGUGAGGACUUUUCUAGACAUGGUAGAUUUGAUGGAAUAUUUGUAAACUUUAUAAUUUGUUGAGUAUGCAAGUUAAAAGAAAGUCUUUCACAGUACUUUCUAUACUAUUAAGUAUCUCACAGACAAACUUCAUGCAGUCAUCGGAUAUUUUGAAACUUGCGGUGCGUGGGUCAGGAUUCAAGUUCCAGGGUAAACUCUAUGGAUAUGCUGUAAACGAAUGACUUGCUUUCAGACUUGUUAUUCCCUGAUGUUUGCAUGUACUUGUAAUUAAAGCUCUGAAAUUCAAUGAA